AUGGCCGAGAAGGACAAGUGGAAGCACUUUAGCCGCGGCGCCAUGGCCGGCGGCCUCGCCGCCAUCCUCUUCCAGCCCUUCGACGUCAUCCGCACGCACCAGCAAGGCAGCUUUGCAAGCCGUCCGAACCUCACGGUGCGCGAGAGCGUGCGCCGGCUCGCGUCCGAGUCGGGCGUCGCCGGGCUCUGGCGCGGUACGACGCCGACGCUACUGCGUGUCUGCGGCGGCGCCGGACUCUACUUCUCCACGUUGCAUCAGCUGGACGCGCAGAACCUCAACGUCCUCGGCUCCUUUUGUGCCGGCGCCUUUGCGCGGUCGUUUGCGGGCUUUGUCAUGUCGCCGCUCACAGUCGUCAAGGCGCGCAUGGAGUGGGCCGCGCCGUCGCACGACAAGGGCGCGAUCGUUGCCGAGAUGCGCCGCAUGGCCGCCGAGCACGGCAUCCGCGGCUUUUACCGCGGCAUCAUCCCGACACUGAUGCGCGACGUGCCAUUCUCUGGCUUGUACGUCACGCUCUACUCGCGCCUCAAGGCCAGCGUCGUGUGCGCCGACGAGCACCGGGUGGCUGCCAACUUUGCGUGCGGCAUCGUUGCCGGCGUCGCGUCGACGAUCAUUGUACACCCCGCCGACGUUGUCAAGACGCGCAUGCAGCUGGAUACGCAGGCCAUCACCGUGCGUGCAACGUUGCGCCGCAUCUACCUCGAAGAAGGCCCGCGAGGCUUCCUGCGCGGCGUCGUCCCGCGUGUCUUCAAGCGCACGUUCUCAACCGCGCUCACGUGGAGCAUGUACGAGUACAUGAGCAGCCGCACGUAG